ACACAAGUCGAGAUCGGCGUCGCGCGAUCGCGCCAAGCGAGUGCUCAAGUCGAGAUCGGCGUCGCGCGAUCGCAAGCAGAAGGCGAGAAGCGGGUCUGCGUCGCCGGGCCGCGGGGGAGGUCCCGCUCCGCCUCGCCGGACGGUGGCAAGAAGGCAUCCACGGAGGAGAGCGACGUCGCUGCAAGGGGCGCCGAGGCUCGCUCUCGUUCUCACUCGCCCGGCAAGGAGUGCCUCAAAGUGGAGGGAUUGAAGAUUGAACGCGCUGAUGAGGGAGUGGUUGAAGUGGGGGGGAAGGUGGUAAAGGCGGAAGCGGAGGAAGCUGGUGUGGAACGGCCGAGUGGAGGGGAGGCUGUGGCGAAUGAUGUGGCGAAUGAUGUGGCGAUAAAGGUGGAACCCGGUGACGGCUCGACAAAUGAUGGCGGAGGAAAUGCGGGAAAAGCGGAGGAUGUGAAGCUUCAGAUUUCCGUCGGAAACGACGAUGUGAAGAAGCCACUUGCUGGAGAAAAAGAUGACACCUUGGACCCACACAAGGCAGCGGGAGUCGCGUCAAAUGAUGCCACCGUAAAAGAAGAAGAUUCCUUUUCGAAAGAUGAAGCACCUAAAGAUACUUCGCCGAUUAAAACCACAGAAGCCGUAUCUGUCUGCAAAGAACCAAAAGAUUCUUCCGAUACCGAGGAGUCAAAAUUGUCUGACCUCACCACGGCGUCGACGGACGAUCGUCUUCCGGGAGAGGCCGCCGAUACGAGCAAGGAAGCUGAGAAACGCAAGAGGGACUCCGGCUCUGGCAGCCGCUCGCCCAAGCGGCGUCAGGAGUCGCCGAGCCCGCGCGGCGCGGCCGUGCAGAGGAAGCGUUCGCGCUCGGACUCGAGGCACAGGACGCCGGCGGACUCCGCCCGUGCCGGCGAUCGGAGCGACGCCACGAAGGGCCGCUCUCGUUCCCGCGACCGCAAGAGGAGGGAGUCGGCUGAAAAGAAGCGCAGGAGCCGCUCGCGCUCGCGGGAUCGCAAGGAUGCGGCAGCCGCUCGGCCGCGGGACGCGAGGCGGAGGUCGCGCUCCCGGGAGGCCAAGAGGAGGUCGGCGUCUCGAACGCGAGAUGCCAAGAGGAGGUCGGCAUCCCGAUCCCGGGAGACCAAGCGCAAAUCCCGCUCCCGAUCCCGGGAAGCCAAGAGGGUAUCGGUGUCCCGUUCUCGUGACGUGAAGAAGAAAUCCCGAUCCAGAUCCCGGGAAACCAAGAGGAAAUCUCGAUCCCGAUCGAGGGAGGUGAAGAAGCGGUCGGCGUCGCGGUCGCGCGACGCCAAGCGGAGGUCUGUGUCCCGGUCACGGGACGCCAAGCGGAGGUCUGUGUCCCGAUCGCGGGACGCCAAGCGGAGGUCUGCGUCCCGGUCGCGCGACGCCAAGCGGAGGUCGCGAUCGCGGUCCCGGGGUCUCCGCCGGAGGUCUCGCUCGCGCUCGAGGGGGGCGAUCGCACGCCGGCGCCUGGGCCGCUCCCGCUCCCCCCGCGAAGGGACGCGACGCGCCGCGCGCUCGCGCUCCCGCGGGGCAAAGCGAGCGUCGCACGACGACGCCGCCGGGGGCAAAAGGCGGCGCUCGCGUGACAAGUCCGACAAAGAGGCGGGCGACGGCAAGGCAACGGAGGCGGCCGCCGCCACCGACGCCGGCGGUGCCGGUGCCGGCGCCGGCGGCGACGCCGAGAAGAAGGCGGCGGGAGAGGAGAAGGCGCAGGAGGGGCGCCGCAAGUCGCGGUCGAGGUCGCGAGGCCCGGCGCGGCGCGGGUUUCGGGUGAGCCCCUUCAGGAUGCGACGGCGGAGGUCGCCGAUGAGGAGGAGGGAGCCCAGCCUGUCGCCGCUGCGCCUCUCCGAGGAGGACAAAGCUCAGCUGUUGGAGAUUGCUCGGGCCAAUUCGACGGUGGUGAACCCUAAGGUGAGCGUGGGCAUCAUGAACUCCAUCGGACCGGCCGCGGCGCUCUUGCCGCUCAUCAUGAACCAGCCGCCGCCGCCUCCGCCGCCACCUCAGCAGCCGUACCAGCCGUCGCCCAAUUCCCCUCCCACGCCGAUCCCCUGGCGGCGCUCGCCAUCCAGCUCGCCAACCAGCAGGCGCUGCCCACCGGCCACAUGGGUGGAGGCGGAGGAGGAACAGGAAUGGGCAACCCCUUCCCGUUCGCGGCCAUGUUCGGUCACGGCGGCAUGGGCGGCAUGGGCGGGAUGGGCAACAUGGCCAGUAUGGCCAACAUUGCCAACAUGGCCGGCAUGGCCAGCAUGGGCGGCAUGUGCGGUAUGGGCACUAUGAGCAGUAUGAGCAGUAUGAGCAGUAUGGGUGGUGGUGGCGGCGGCGGCGGUGGCG